AUGUUCAUUGGACUCGGUUGUUUCAGCAAGUUCCUCUCGACGCUGCUCCUGCUGCUUGUACGCAAGAGCAACCUGGCCGGCCGGCGUCAGACUCCUCGCCACAGCUGCGACUUUCUGGGAAGUAGUAGCGGCUGGCGACGUGUCAGGGCGGGAGGACACAUGAAGUGCCCCAAUGGACCGCAUCCUACGUUUAGGCGUGAGGGCGUGUGGGGCCGGUUCGUGGGCCGACCAGUCCGGGUUAGUGGAAGGGCGGCUCGUUCGGCGUCUCAGUACGUUGCGCGGCUUCGCUACUUGCUCCUGUUCCACAAUGCGGGAUGA